CCUCCCGCCCAACAACGUUGUGAAUUCGUAUUGAGCAUGAACACGAUGGCGGCUGCUGAGCACGGGCAGGUGGAGAGGGAGACCAGGGCUCCUGGGGACGAAGAGGAAGAGGAAAUGGAGUCUGAGGGAGAAGGGCCCGGGGAUGGUUCCUCAGAGGGGACUGCUCAGUCUUCCUCAGACGAAGAAGAUGACAAGGAGAACGAGGCGGAGAUCCAGCGGCUGGAAGAGCAGCUAUCUAUAAACGCUUUUGACUACAACUGUCAUGUGGACCUCAUCAAACUUCUCAGACAAGAAGGGGAACUGGAAAGAUUGAGACGUGCCAGGCAGAAGAUGAGUGAGCUAUUCCCUUUAACUGAAGAGAUCUGGUUGGACUGGCUGAAGGACGAGAUGAAGAUUGCAGAAGAAGAUUCCAAUCGUGAAAAGGUUUAUGAGUUGUUUCAGCGAGCUGUUAAAGACUAUAUCUGUCCAGAAAUCUGGCUUGAAUAUGCCCAAUAUUCCAUUGGUGGAAUGGGUGAAGAAGGGGGCAUUGCUAAAGUCCGCUCUGUGUUUGAGAGUGCACUGACUGCUGUUGGGCUCCAUAUGACCAAAGGAUCAACUGUGUGGGACGCCUACAGGGAAUUUGAAAAUGCAAUACUGGGAACAUUACAGCCAUCGCCUGGCAGCGUCCCUUCAGCAGAACAGCAGCAGAUGUUGAAUGCCCAACUCGGGAAGAUUCAUGCUCUUUUCAAACGUCAGUUAGGUGUUCCUCUUCUAGACAUGGAUUCUACUUAUGCAGAGUAUGAAGAGUGGUCAGAGGAACCCAUCCCAGAAACUGUCGUUCAGAAUUACAAGAAAACAUUAAAACAAGUGGAAAAGUACAAACCUUAUGAAGAGGCUCUGCUGGCUGCAGAAACCCCCAAACUCGUGGAGUAUCAAGCAUACAUUGAUUUUGAGUUGAAAGAGGGAGACCCAGCUCGUAUACAGCUCAUCUUUGAACGUGCCUUGGCUGAAAACUGCUUGGUGCCAGAUCUCUGGGCACGAUACACAAAGUAUCUGGAUAGACAGCUGAAAGUGAAAGAUCUUGUACUUUCCGCACAUGAUCGGGCUGCUAGAAAUUGCCCCUGGACAGUGGGCCUGUGGAAGAGUUAUAUCCUGGCCAUGGAGCGACACUGUGUGGAUCAUAAUAUAGUGACUGAAAAUUUUGAGAAGGCAUUGAAUGCAGGAUUUAUCCAGGCUACAGAUUAUGUAGAUAUCUGGCAAGCCUACUUGGACUACUUGCGGAGGCGAGUUGACUUUACUAAAGAAUCCAGUAAGGAACUUGAAGAGCUGAGGGCUGCAUUUGUGCGUGCCCUUGAUUACCUGAAACAGGAGGUUGAAGAACGGUUUAGUGAAAGUGGAGAUCCUACCUGCACCAUAAUACAAAACUGGGCCCGAAUAGAGGCCUCCCAUUGCAACAAUAUACAGAAAGCUCGAGAACUUUGGGACAGUAUAAUGACCAAAGGGAAUUCAAAAUUUGCCAAUAUGUGGCUGGAGUACUACAAUCUGGAGCGGGCUCAUGGUGAUAUCCAGCACUGUAGGAAGGCUUUGCACAGAGCUGUCCAAUGCACUACAGAUUAUCCGGAGCAUGUUUGUGAUGUUCUGCUGACCUUUGAGAGACUAGAAGGUUCUUUGGAAGAAUGGGAUACAGCUGUGCUGAAAACUGAAAACCGAUUAUCACGGGUUAAUGAGCAGAGGGCAAAGGCUGCCGAGAAGCAAGCGGUACAUGCCAGGCAAGAAGAAGAAAAGGCUGAGCAGAGAAAGAAGUCCCGUGCAGAAAAGAAAGUUGCAAAAAAGGGGAAAAGGGCAAAACCUGGAGAUAAACGCAAAGCAGAGGAUGAGGAUGAAGAAGAUGAAGAAUGGGGGGAAGAAGCAACAGAGCAGCCGAAAAAGAAGCACAAGGGUGAAGAUGAAAAGGCUGAAGAAAAUGAAACCGAAGAAAUGGAAAUGGAGACAGGUCUGUUUGGUAGGAGUGCUCCAAAAAAGGCUCAGGCCCCUGCCAAAGCUAAAGCUUCCAUUGUGAAAGAGCAGCCCAGAGUGCUUCAUGAUGCAAACAAGGAAAACUUGACCGUUUUUGUAAGCAACCUUCCCUUCAGCGUGUCCGACCCAGAGAAGGAGCUGCGAAAAGUUUUCUCUGACUGUGGAGAGAUAUCCCAGGUCCGAGUUGUCUACAGCAGUAAUGGGACUUUCAGAGGAUAUUGCUAUGUGGAGUUUGUGGAAGAGAAGAGUGCAUUAGAUGCACUGAAAUUGGACAGGCAACAAAUCAGAGGAAGACCCAUGUUUGUUUCUCCUUGCGUGGACAAAAACAAGAACCCAGAUUUCAAGGUUUUUAAAUAUAGUACUGCACUGGAGAAACACAAACUGUUUAUAUCUGGAUUACCAUACUCCAGCACAAAGGAGGAACUAGAAGAGAUUUUUAAAGAACACGGCACUAUAAAAGAGAUACGAGUAGUAACCAACCGCUCUGGAAAGCCAAAAGGACUAGCAUAUGUUGAGUAUGAAAAUGAAGCACAGGCAUCUCAAGCAGUGCUCAAGUUGGAUGGAACGAAAAUAAAGGAACAUGAAAUCAAGGUGGCAAUUAGCAAUCCCCCACGUAGGAAACAAACCGAAUUUCCUGAAACUACACGACCAGGAACACCCAUGGUUCCACGUCAAGCCUAUGGAGCGAGAGGUAAAGGAAGAACCCAGGUGGCACUGCUACCACGCUCACUGCAUCGUCAGAAUGCACCAAACACCACAAAAACAGAAAAUGGUACCCCACAAACACAGUCGGCAUCCUCCACUGGAGCUGAAGGGGAACCAAAAAAGAUGUCUAAUGCAGAUUUUGCACGGAUGCUGUUGCAAAAGUGACCAGGAAGAGGGAUUCCAUACUAUGUUAAAAUGUGAAAGAACAAUGCCCUUUGUGUCCUUAUACAUCAGAGAGGAUGGCCACAGCUCCUUGUAACUCCAGGAAUGCAGAAUCUUCCCCUAGGGAUCUAGUAUAUAUUUUGGUUUAAAAUUUCCAGUUCACUGUCCUGUUUUUUGUUUGUUUUUGUUUUUGUUUUAGUAGCACAGACUGUAAGCUUCCACAUUUCCCUCAUAUUGAGGCAGGCAAGGUAAUGUAGGGGCAGUUGUUAAUGGUCUGUUUUUGGCAUCUUUUUACACUUUGUUUAUGGAAUAAAGCAGUUACUGGUGUUUUGAUCACACUUGGUAGCAAAGGAUACAGUGGAGAAACCGUUCAGUAGAUUUUAGCUCAGAUACCUUACUGUCACAAGAUUUGUAAAAUACACAAACAACGGUAUAUGUUGGAAAUAAACUGGAUAAAAUAAACUCUAUCCCUUACGGUCAUUACAAACCAAGCCUUUCCAUAUUGUUGAAUGUGCAGUAUCCUUGUUCACUGAAUAUUCACACUUUAGACACCGGCGUGUACAUUAAUCCAAUUUUACUUCAACUGAAUAUAGUAGUGUACAUGAAAAUCAGUUUAUUAUAGGCGUUCUCCACUCUGCACUUCCAGGACCUACCGCAAGUACGGUAAAAUAGGUAACAUUACUUUAAAAUCCAAAACAAGCAUUAACGCUUUCAGCCUCCAUGCUAGAUGUGAUAUGCAUUUGUAUGCAUUGUGAAGAUAAUGCGUUUAAAUAAAAAUGCAAAAAAAAUAAAGAGAGCUGCAAAUCCAUAUCAAGCAUCUGCAGAGAUUACCUCCCAGACCAGAAAGAUACCAAUCAGGAGUCUUUGAGUGUUUUUGGUGUAUUAGGAGUAAUCUUAUCCCAUUAACCACUGUCCAGCAAGAGCUCAUGGGAUAUGUAGUUUAGCUCUUCAACCGCAGCACCAUUUACCAGAUUUACUUAGUUUUUUUUUUUUAAAUCUAUUUUUUUUACGUCUCCGUUCACAGAAUGUGACUGUGCACAGAUUUCACCUAUGCCAUCAACUGAGCGUGUGUAGCAGCUGUAACACUGCCUCCAGCAAGUACCUCUAAUGCAGGUAGAGAGCUUCCAACAAUGCAAAGAAUAGGAUAUUGCCGUGCAGACAUGCUACACCGCUCCUUAAAGGGUAUCAGCCUUAAUUUCAAGGUAUGCCCACUGCACUUGCAGGUAGUUAAGGCAUUUAUGGUGCAUUUUUUUUUUUUUUUUUUUUAAAUGGUGAAAUACUGUGAUAUUAAAAUAAUUUGACUGAAAAUAGUAAAUUACGGGAACUAUAGAAUACAUUAUUUUGAGUUGAUGUAUUAUUUUUACUUAAAUAUUAUCUAUUGAUUUCAAGUGAAAAAACAAUUCCUGUUGCUUUGUAGGAAAAAAUAAAGUUUAUUAAAUCCUGGGACAUAUUAUUUAACCUUCAAUGUUAAAAAUGGACUGCAGAACGAUGCAAUGCUGGCCUUGCUAUCACUGAAGGGUGGAAAGUUCAUUGUGUUUAGCUAUUGACAUGUUUUCUGUAACUUUUUGGUUCUUUGUAUACCAGAUCUUGUUAAAGAAAUGUUUUGUUUCCACUUGUUUUAUUAAAAUGCAAUUAUCUAA